AUGAUGUACUUUGACCAGUACAGGGGCAUUGCCAGUGGAAUCAUUUUCGCAGGAUUCUCCUUGUCAUCCUUAAUCUUUGCGCGAGUACUCGUAAUAAUCCAAGAAGUGUAUGGCUUUCGGAGUAUCUUUUUGUUAUGUGGGGCCAUUAUGAUGAACUCUACUGCGCUCGUCAUUCCAUUAAAAGAACCUCAAUGGAAGAAACCUAAAGAAACUUUUUAUAAGCAUCAAGAUUGUCCUCAAAUCAGUUGGAUUGAUACAAACAUCAAGCAGGAAAGCUCCUUUCCCCAUAGACAUUCAUUUUCUGAACCUCCAAGUUCAUUCAAACACGUGACUGCGAGGAAGUCAAUGAGGCUGUUUCGAAAACCCUUAUUUUAUGUGAUCAUCGUAUACUCGGUCCUUGGAGAUUAUACUAGACUCACCUUUCAAACAACCAUCGUUGACUACGUUAUGGACAAAGGUUUUUCUCUUACUGCGGCGGAAUCACUAGUGAUAUAUUACUCUAUAACCGAGUUGCUUGGACGCGUGGUCAUUUCUAUCAUUGCAGAUCGAAAAGUGGUAAAUCGCAGCACUCUAGUGGCGAUAACCCUUUGUAUGUUGGCCUGCGCAGUGCUGCUUCUACCUCACGCCAGUUCGUUUUCAUGCGUCCACGUUGCGUGCCUUUGCACAGCAAUGUUUAGCGCGUUCAUCACUUCAAUGAAAUCUGUCCUCAUGGCUGACUACCUUGGUGUCGACGCAAUAUCUCCAUGCUGGGCUAUCGUGGGGCUGGCUUGUCUGCCUCUUUGGUGCUGCAACUCCAUGAUAAUAGGCAAGUGGCUUCGUUUAUUCUACUAG